AUGUCACGCGUCGAGGACGAGAUUGCUGAAGACGAGGAGGAGUGGGAAGACGAGGAAGAGGAGGAAGAAUCCGAGGCCCCAGAACCCGUCAAGAAGGAGGAGCCCAAGCCCGCUGCUCCCGCUCCAGUCGCCGAAGAGCCUAAGGUAAUAACCAUUUAAUCGAAAUUCAUCAUAGCUUUGCAAUUUGACAAAGUUUGAAUAGUUGGUUUUCCCAUUUCCGUCAAAAUUCAAAUACUUGAGAAAUUCGUAUUAUUGGGCGAUAAGGAAAUCAUAAAUGGUUACCAACGGCCAACAGCUCUUGCCACUCCAAUUCAUUAUGAUGUCUUUAUUUCAGGCCAACGGCGGAGCCGCUGCUGCUCCCGUCGAGACAGUCAAGCCCGAAUCCCCCAAGGAUGAGUUGAAAUCGCCCGGAGUUGGAGCUGGCCUUAAGAGCCCUACUCCAAAUUCCCAGAUCAACUAUGUCCCAUCCAUCCCCAAGUCGGUGCAACGCCGUCAGGAGCUGUACUCCGGUGGCAAACCAUCCAAAUUCGACAAGGCCAAGUUGAUGAAAUCUGAGGGAAUCAUCCCAAUCCAGGCCGGUUCCAACAAAUACGCCUCUCAAAAGGGAAUGACCGGUAAGUCUAAUUGGCAGAUUAAUAGGUCCCAAUUGUAUGAAUUCUUGAUAUUUUCAAUGGCAAUUUUCAAUUUCUUCGAUUUCCCAUUUUUUUACCUAUACGAGGAAAUUAAUAAUGUCAAUUUCUGUUCACUACAGCAAUACUGACUUCAAAUUUUAGGAUUUGGUGCCCCUCGUGACGUCAUCGACAAGAUCAAGGCCGACAAUUUGGCCGAAAUCACCGACGAAGCCAAGGUCGCCGCUUUGAAGACCUCCACCUGGCUGCAGUCCGGUACCAACAAGUUCGCUUCACAAAAAGGACAGACCGGUAAGUCCUUUCUAAUAUUUAAAGCGACAUUAGAUCCUUGAAAUCGUUGUGGUAUCUAUCGAAACCAACUUCACACUUCCCAUUUCCAACCAAAAUAACCGAGAAUCCCAGAAUAAACUUUCGUAUUUUAGGAUUUGGUGCUCCUCGUGAUGUAAACUACAAACCAAAGGGUACUGGCGGUGCCGGCGAGGUCCCCGAAGAGAAGGCCCGUCUCACCGACGGUAUUGUUCCCCUCCAGUCGGGUACCAACAAGUUGGCCUCGCAGGCCGGUAUGACCGGUAUUGGUAUGCCACGUAUUGUCGACGUGCGAAAGACCGACGAGCAGAACCGUGACUCGCAGGGCUUCAUCCAUCUGCAAAUGGGAACCAACCGUUUCGCCAACCAGUCCGGAAUGACCGGUUUUGGUAUGCCCCGUCACAACAUCACCAAGUACAAGGAUGAGGUGCGCGGAGAGAUGCCUCACGACGAAUCGACCACCUCCAGACAGACUUCCGGAUGGAGAGAGGGUAAGUUGAGGAUUUGGAUGAGAAAAUUUAGGCGAUUGCAAUGCAAAAAUAAAAAAAAAGAAUCCAUUUUCGUGAUUUCUGACAUUUCUCUCCCUAGAACCCGGCCAUUUUUUGUCUAAUUGGGUAUUUCAAAGCUUAUGACAAUCAUUACUAACAGCGGAAUUCAAUAGAGCAGUCAAAACUAUCCACUAAAGAAGAAAGAUACGGCAAAAUUCCAGAAAAAAUCAAUUCCAUCUAUCUAUCCCAAAUCAACGAAACCCUUUUCCAGGUGCCUCUCAGGCUGGUAUGACCGGAUUCGGUGCCUUCCGUAAUAACACAAUCUUCCUCCUCCAGAACCAAGACCAACGUUCCCAGGGAAUGAUCCCCUACCAGAUGGGUGUCAACUUCCUCGAUUCCCAGGCCGGAAAGACCGCCUUCGGUAUGCCGCGUCGCACAUUCACCGUGUUCGUGGACGACACGCACGAAGAUCUGCCCGCCGACAUCGCUCGUCGACCUGAGGUGCCAUUCUGGUCGGGCCAGGAGGACAACUUCGCCAACCAGACCGGUAUGACCUCGUUCGGAACCCCGCGUGAUGUGCGUGGAGAGUAUGUGCGAAGAAUGUGGUAG